GAAGGAGACAAGUAGAAGUCUCUUGUCCGAGUUAGGUUAGGUUCGGUUGAAUUGGCCUAUUUCCACGCUAUUUCGCAUUUAGUUAAUAUAUACGACAACUAUAGUCUGACCUCACGCGAUGGCUGUCAAGGAAAAACAAGUUGACCACACGGAGGAAAUAGAGUGGAAUGUUGACAAUGAAAUACAAUUAUUUUUUGCCAUGAACGGUCACAAACCAGUAGGUAUCAACAAAUAUUUCCACAUGGUCUGCAUCUGGGAGAAAUUUCGUGCUGCGAUACACAAAGAUAUUUCGUUGAAAGUUAUUUGGGGCCAUCUGGAAUCAAUGUACGACUUAGCAGCACUGGAUGAUAUGGAAGAUCUUCCGUUUCCCAGCAAUGAGACUGAUUUUACACUUCCGGAGUCAGAGUUUUCUUCUUUGAUGAAAUUGAGAAAGAAGGAAGAACUGGAUGUAAAAAGUAAAGAAGUCCAACCAAAGGAGAAACAGAAGGAAAUGAGGAAGGAUAAAGAUUCCAAAGAUAUUGUGAAGAAAGAUAUUCCUCCGCCCAAAGAAGUUAAAGGUAGUAAAGAACCAGACAGGAAAAAGGAAGAGCCAAAAAAACCUACCAGAGAAAUGGAUGUGAAAAAAGACAAGCUUCGCGAGACUAAGGAUGUAAAAAAGGAACAGCACAAAUCUUCCAAAGGACGACCCAAAGGGAAGGACGAUGAUGAAACAGCUUUGACUGGAAAAAAGGAAAGGAAAGAUUCUGAAUCAAGUCGCGAUGGUCCAAAGCGAGGUGUGAAAAGACCGACGAGACAAAGUGUAGACAAUACAUCAAAAGCGUCGUCAAGCCCUCGAGAUACACCACCGCCAAAGCGGCGUAGAAUAUAUUAGGUGGUUUAUAUAUCUAAAUAUAUUCCCAUGACGUAAGCAUGAACGAAUUGCCUACGGGUCAGGCAAGGCUUGCAUUACAUGUAUUUGAAGCUUUUGAAGGAAAAACAGAAGAAUUAUUCCUUUUCAAUGAACAGCUAAAAUGUUAUAAAUCAUAAAUCACACCGUAUCUUUACCUGGUUAGAUUUAACAUUGUACCAUGUAAAUAAACCUCCUACACUUUUUUACAAAAACG